UUUUCAAAUCCAGUUUAACUGGAUUGACCGGAUUCCUCUUCGAGUUCCGCUCGGUUCGGUCACCCCCUGUUUGUGACUGCGGGCUCAGUUUCAUUGUCACGCUACGUUGAUAUAGUAUGUCGUGUAGCAUGUCAUGUAAUAUCCUAGCUCAUCACGUGACCUCUUACCGCGCCAAGCUGGCAAGAUGGCGGCCUCCGCAGUGGAGGAAAGUGAAGUAGUUAAAACUUUGUCCGUUACUUUGGGAAUUUCGAGCGAAACUAUUGCUCAGCUUGCCAGCUUGAGUGAAGAUGCAGCCACAGUUCUACUCAAAGUUAAGCAGGUUUUUGAUGAGCACUCGAACAAAGAUGAGAAAUACCGCUCUGACAUGGCUAGUCUUCGACGUGCACGUGUGGACGCAGAACAACAGUUCAGCCAGAUAGAGAAGCAGCUUAUAUCCUGCAAUGCUAAGCUUGAGUCAGAGCAGAAGCAAAAUGAAAGACUUCAGAAAGAACACGAUGAGACUGUUGCUACACUUACAGAAAAGCAAAAAAGACUUCUGGAAGUAGAGAGUAUCAAGGAAGAUGCAUCAACAAAUUAUUCACGGGUAUCACGUCUCAAUGAACAGCUUGAGUCUGAGAAACUGGAGCUGUUGUCUGUAGUAGAGAGGAAAAACCAGGAGAUAGACAGAUUAAAUGAGGAAUGGAAAACCAUGUCAGAAAAACUGGCAGAAGCCAGUUCCACCAAGUGUGAGGCUCAGGCAAAACUUGAUCAAAUUCAAAGUCAGGAAACUUCCUUUAAGUUUCGUGAAAAGAGAAUUGAGCAAGAAAAGGAGCUCAUUCAAAGACAGAAUAAAUGGCUUAGUGAAGAACUAAAUAGCAAAACGGAUGAGUUGGUCAAACUUCGGAAAGAAAAGUCUUCUCAAGUAUUGGAACUUCAGUCUCAGUUAGAUGAGAGAACUGAAGAGUUUUUAUUAUCUUCCUUGCAGCUUUCUCAUUUCAAAACAUCAGCAGACACUCUGAAGGAAAGCAAUACUGAAAUGAACAAGAAGGUGGAAAGCUACAUGCAGAAGUUAAAAGAGGCUCGUGAGCAUUUUGUUAAGAUGGAAGACCACUUCAAAACAGAGCUUGCCUCACAGUCAAAGUUGGCAGUACUUUAUAAGGACAGUGCUGAUGAAGCAAAACGGAAAAGUGAAGACUUGUUGACAGCAUGUGAAGAACUUCAAAAACUGUUAAAAGAAUCAAAUGAAGGUCGUCUUGAUCUUGACAGUAGGUUAAGUGAACAAGAAAAUUCUCAUGCAGAGAAAGUCAGGGAGUUUGAGGAAAGGAUCAGUAAACUAGAGAAAGAGCUUGAAAACGCUAAUGAUUUGUUAGCUGCUGCAAGGCAAAGAGGUAACAACAGUACAUGCACCAGUGUAGCACCUCUAACUCCAGAAGAGUUAAGUACUCUUUCACCAACUGCUGCACUUACCAGUUCCUAUAUGAAAUCUGGAAUGACACUCACCCAGAUUUAUAGUCAAUAUGUGGAGGUGCAAGAUGCAUUACAACAGGAAAAAACUGAAAACACUCGACUAAAAAUGUACCUGGAUCAGAUACUUAAGGAAAUUGAGGAAAAAGCCCCUGUUCUUCUGCAGCAGAAGAGAGACUAUGAACAGGCAUUACACAGCGUGGAUAAACUCACAAAGAGAUUAGACGUGGCUCUUAUGGAACGUGAUGAACACACGGUAUUUGUUGAAGAAGCUACAAAGAAAAGUGAACAUCUGAAGAGAGAAAAUGACAGACUGAGGAAUCUGUCUGCUGAUUUAAGUCAACAGGUCCAAGUGCUUUUGAAGGAAUGUGAGGAGGCUAGAGGAGGUGUAGUCAGCUCUGAGACUGUCAGUAUGCAUCCCAUGUCAAGUGCCGAGGUCACUAGCUCAUCGCAAGUCAUCUCUGAGCAUCUUGUUACUUUUAGGAAUAUAGAAGAACUUCAACAGCAGAAUCAGAAACUACUUGGAGUUAUCAGGGAACUAAGUGAGGAGAAAGAGAAGAGGGAAGGAGAUGGCAUAAUUGAAGGAUUACAGAAGCAGUUAGAAACUUCACUGAAGGAAGUAGACGGUCUCAAGGAAGCAAGAGAAAGACAAGUGCACAUGGUUGAGGCUGUCAUUAGGCAACGUGACAUGUACCGUGUCCUUUUAGCAAACAGUGGACAAACGCCGAUACCAACAACUGAUGUUGACCUGUCUGUGUUAGCUUCCACUCCAUUACCUAAGACUCCUGAUAAGUCCAGUGCUGAGUUGGAGGAAACUAAAGUGGCUCUUAAAGAAUUGCAGAGACACUUUGAAACUUACAAGACUGAGAGGGCACAGGCUGAAGAGAAAUCCAGUGAAAGACUAGAUAAACUACAAGCUGAAAACCAUGAAUUAAAUGGAACUAACGCGCGGUUGAAAUCUCAGCUGGAAUUUGCUGAGGAGAGAUAUGCAAUGCUCAAGUCAAACUCAGAGGCGUUCAAAAAGGAAGCCUCUGCUGUCUCUGAGAAAUCUCGUAGCUUACAGGUGGCUCUCAGUAAGGCACAAGUAACUCUUGACAGUGUUUCACAGGAACUUGCAAACACCAAGGAGAAAUGUAACAAGCUUGAGGUAACGUGUGAAAACCUAAAAGCCGAGAAAGCUCUGAUGAAGGAGUCAGAGGUUCGCCUGAUGCAGGAAAACAAAAGUUUGUUGGAACAUCAGAAGUCACAGAAUGUUCUGGUUACAAAUCUACAGACCUUACAGAAUAAUUUGGAGAGAUCAGAGUUUGAAGCCAGAACAAGACUUGGUUCUCAGGUUGAGACUCUACAGCGUGAAGUGAAUCUACUGAAGAGAAAGCUAGAAUCUGAAGAAAAACACCACAAGAGUAUAAUUGAAACAUGGGAGAACCGUGUUCAAGAGCUGCAGUCACAACUGAAUACUGAGAUCAAAACACACCAGCAGGCCAGGGAUCAGCUGCUAACAUCAACCAGGGACAUUGAUUCAGUCCAGCUAAGGUGCACAGAAGCUGAAGCUCAACUUCAGGCUGCUGAGAAACGAUUAGCUGACAUCUUAGCCAAUGAAACAGAUUCUCUUCAGAAGGCUGAUGAAGAAAGAAUAACAAAAGAAAUAACAGAAAAAUACACUGUCAAGAUUCAAGAACUUGAGCUUAAACUGCAGACGUCUAAUGCACAAGUCAAGGAUCUUGGAGAACAGUUACAGCAGGCCAAGCAGCGUGCAGAACAGUUUAAGUCCAUGUUAGAAGCAAAUGAGUCAUUAUUGAGUGACUUAAGCAAGACAAGUGAUGAAUUCAAGGUAACUACAGAGAGUAGACUAAGGGCUGCAGAACAAGAUGUCAAGGAAUACAAGUCUCAGGUUGCCACCCUUCAAGCCCUGAACCAGGAUCUGAACGCAACCAGAGCAAAAGUAACAAGAGAAGCUGAAGCACAGACAAAGAGUUUACGUGACAUGUUGAGCAAGGUUAGGGCUGAGUUGGACGAGGCGUUAAAGAAAGCACAGACAUCAUCUGCUGCUGAAAUGACUGCAAAAGAAGAGUUGAAAGAACAAGCUGUCUUGGCUAAGGAGGCUCAGGACAAGUAUGAGAGGGAACUAGUCCUUCAUGCUAAUGAUGUGCAAGCACUGACAACAUUCAAGGAACAGUUCCAAGAACAAAGCGGUAGAUUCAAGGAGAUAGAAGAUCGUGCUCUGGCUGCUGAACAACAACUGCAAGAAUACACUAGCUCUUGGGAAGAUCAGAAAAAGGCAAAGGCAGCAGAAGCAAAGAAACUAGAAGCUCGCUGUGCUGACCUUGUCAACCAGAACUCCACACUGCAUAGCCAGCUAGAAAAGCUCAGUGCCCAGCUUGCUGCUAGUAAACAGUCAUCAGUUAACAUUCCCUUGCCCCCCAAAGAGGGUGUGGCAUCUGAAGGAGGUGAAGAAUCUACCAAGACUGUAGAGGAACUCUGGGAGAUCAUCAGGUUUGUCCGCAGAGAAAAGGAAAUUUCUGAAACAAAGUGUGAAUCAGCACAGUCAGAAAGCAUGCGCUACCAACAGCGAUGUGAAUACUUGCAAGGUCAGAUAGAGGACCUCCAGAAGAAUAUAACAGAGGAACAAACACAGUCCAAUAUCAACACUCAGACAGCUGCUCAGCACCAAGAGGUCAUGGAGAAAGUUCAGAAGCUGAAUGAACUUACUGAGGCUAACAAAAUACUGGAAAAUGAAAAGGAAAGUGCUGAGAAGACAGUUAGAGAGCUUGUGGCAAAGGUUCAGGAACUGGAGGGAGAUAUGAAACCUCUGAGGGAUGGUAUGCAAUCACUCACAUCUCAAAAAGACGCAUUGCUAGCCGAAAAAACUGCCCUGAAAAAUGAGGUAAUUAAAGUUAUUAAAGUAAUUAAAGUAUAGGUAAUUAAAUUAGGA